GUGACUUUGUGUGAGUGUGUGUGUAUGUGAGAGAGGUGGUGGAGGCCUGUGGAGGUCGUAGCCCUGGAUUUCUUAGAGAUGGAGGGUCAUGGUUAUGACCGGUUUGGGGAUGGAGAGAGGGACAAUUACCAGAUCGACUACCGCAGGAUUGUAGGGGACAUGGAACCAGCACGGCCACGCAUCUCAAACAGAGAUGGGGAGCAGCCUCACCCCUUCGGGGCCUAUGCCCACCCAAUGCCACAUGGACAUGGACAUGAGACUGCAGCCCAGCGAUACAGUGCUACACGUAUACAAGCUGGAUAUGAACCAGAGAGCAUGGCAGACUACCUCAUCAGUGGAGGCACAGGUUAUGUUCCUGAAGAUGGAUUAACGGCACAACAACUCUUUUCUAUUGGCGAUGGACUUACAUACAAUGACUUUUUGAUCCUCCCUGGGUUCAUAGACUUUACCUCUGAUGAGGUGGAUCUAACCUCUGCAUUGACAAGGAAGAUAACCCUGAAGACACCGCUUAUUUCAUCUCCCAUGGAUACAGUCACAGAGUCGUCCAUGGCCAUCGCCAUGGCAUUGAUGGGUGGGAUUGGAAUAAUUCAUCAUAACUGUACUGCUGAGUUCCAGGCCAAUGAGGUGCGCAAAGUCAAGAAAUUUGAGCAGGGCUUCAUCACAGAUCCAGUGGUCAUGAGUCCUCGGCACACAGUGGGUGAUGUGUUCGAGGCAAAGAUACGCCAUGGUUUUUCUGGGAUCCCUGUUACAGAGACCGGCAAGAUGGGCAGCAAACUAGUUGGCAUAGUCACCUCCAGAGACAUAGACUUUCUAUCUGAGAAGGACCAUGACAGACCCCUGGAGGAGGCAAUGACGAAAAGGGAAGAUUUAGUUGUUGCUCCCGCUGGUGUUACACUAAAAGAGGCUAAUGAUAUACUGCAACGGAGCAAAAAAGGUAAGCUGCCCAUAGUGAAUGACAGUGAUGAGUUGGUUGCCAUCAUUGCAAGGACUGAUUUGAAGAAGAACAGAGAUUAUCCUCUGGCCUCCAAGGACUCCCGCAAACAGCUGCUGUGUGGGGCUGCUAUCGGUACGAGGGAGGACGACAAAUACAGACUUGACCUCCUGAUGCAGGCUGGAGUGGAUGUUGUUGUCCUGGAUUCCUCUCAAGGAAACUCAGUGUAUCAAAUCAAUAUGAUAAACUACAUCAAACAGAAAUAUCCUGAACUGCAGGUAGUUGGAGGAAAUGUGGUGACAGCCGCUCAGGCUAAAAACCUCAUAGAUGCAGGUGUGGAUGCCCUACGAGUGGGCAUGGGCUGUGGCUCCAUUUGUAUCACCCAAGAAGUGAUGGCUUGUGGACGGCCCCAAGGUACUUCAGUGUACAAGGUUGCAGAAUAUGCCCGACGUUUUGGAGUGCCAGUAAUUGCGGAUGGAGGCAUUCAAACUGUAGGACACGUGGUGAAGGCUCUGGCCCUGGGAGCAUCUACAGUGAUGAUGGGGUCCUUGCUCGCAGCAACCACCGAAGCUCCGGGAGAAUAUUUUUUUUCAGAUGGCGUACGUCUGAAAAAGUACAGAGGAAUGGGCUCCUUGGAUGCCAUGGAGAAAAAUAACAGUCAGAAACGUUACUUCAGUGAGGGAGAUAAGGUGAAGGUGGCUCAAGGUGUCUCAGGAUCAGUACAAGACAAAGGCUCCAUCCAUAAGUUUGUUCCUUACCUCAUCGCUGGUAUCCAACAUGGCUGUCAGGACAUAGGAGCCAAGAGUUUGUCCAUUUUACGGUCAAUGAUGUACUCCGGUGAGCUGAAGUUUGAGAAAAGAACCAUGUCUGCUCAGAUGGAAGGAGGAGUCCAUGGCCUCCACUCUUAUGAAAAGCGGCUUUACUGAGACAGGAGGAAGAAGAAACACUCGGUCGGGACCUAGCGUCCCGACUCCAGCAACUAUGAGCAGAUGCACCGGGCGCAUGUGAUCAAACUUCAAACAGAAACCUUUGCUUCCACAAACUCUUGAUCUUCGCUGUUCCAUCUAUGACCCCUUCAAAGACAGAUGAAACAACAUGCUUUCACCUGAUUCUAAAGUUCAAAGGAGAGCCAAAAAAUUCAUGUGCAGUCACUCCUAUUACAUGAACUCUGGCUUUCUCUUGUUGUGGCUAAGGUGUAAUGAAGGUAAUGUAAUUAACUAUUCUGAUGGUCUCUACAACAACUUUGGUUGCACCCUGACAGAUGGAAAUAGACAACAAAUAACAUUUUUUGCAGGAAAUUGGGCAAUCAGAUACUUUAUUCACAAGAUUAAAAAAUACAUAAUGGGGUAUAAUGUUUAAAAUGUUGGAUAUUUUAUUUCAUUAAAAGAGGAAUCUAACACAAAAUUUAAAGAAAAGAAAAUUCCAGAAGUGUAAAAUAACCUUUAUAUAUACUGUAUAUAUAUAUACAUAUAUAUAUAUAUAUGUAUAUAUAUAGUCACAAUUUCUUUAUAGCCACAAUUUCCAUUUAUUGAGGCAGGAGGAAACAUACAGCGUAGUUCAUAUAGUACAGUCAUAACCUCAUCUUCUUAAUGCACCAGUUGUUUUUUGUUCACGUAAACUCAGCGUCAUUUCUCUGGCAGGUGAAACUUUUACAUGAUGAUGCUUUGCUCUGGUCACCCCCAGCUGAUGAGCUUUUUUAGUGUGCUGAAAGAAAUUUAGCAUUGGCCUUAAUACAUAUAUACACAUUUGUAGCAAUAAGGAUCAUGUGUCAUCUCAAUUUGGAUUUUUCUCUGUUCAUCUUAUUUGGGAUAUCUGAAACAUCACCCCUAUAUUUAUGUUCAUAAUACAAAUGAGUCUGAGUCAUAUUGAGUCACAUACAUACAUUAUAUAUAUUUAAAUAUAUUUUGAAAAGUAAAUGAGGCUGUGGGUAGUAGUAGAGUAGUAACAAACCAGUUUCCAAAGUUAAUUUCUUUCUUUAUAGAAUUGUAGACAAAAAGUUGAUUAAUCAGUUUUCACUGUGACUGCUUAUUUUUUGUGGAAGGUUAAAUAUGUUGCUCUCUGAAAA